AUGAGAGAAGGAGCUCACCCCAUUCAUGGGAGAGCAGAGGGAAAGUGCCCACUGCAGAGGAAGCGAGGCGAGGCCCUGGCCCACACUGACGGUAACAGAGAGAUGGAGAGUGUGACCCAAUGUAUCCUCAGCGUGUCCUCCGACAGCCUCCAACCCCUUAAAGGAUCCUUGGGCCCUGCUCGAGCCCGGGACCAGGCCCCGCUCUGCUGGACGCCAGCAUCUCGCUCAGGCAUCACCAAGGAGAGCCUGAAUUCCUUGGGGGAGUCCAAAGGGUGGUUUGUGAAGGAGCAGAGAACAGCCCUCUCCCUGCAUCAUGCUCUGUUACAGGGGUCCCCGAGAGUGCUGCUUCUGCCUUUUCGAAAAACCGGCUCUCUGCGUUUAAUUACAGCUCCUGACUUUCCGCUGGGCCAGUGUGGCCAACAGGAUCUGGGAUUGGGAUGCAGCUUCCAGAGACCCGUGACUAAAGCUUCGUUACUGGAAGCUCACAGACUCCUGAGAAGACACAGAAAUGGUCCGCUUGGCAGAAGUAGAGAUAAACCAGCUGAGGAGACGAGGGUAACAAUGGAGAAAGCAAUUUUCUCUGGAGCCGUAGUUGGCAGCACAACCCCAUCUGCAUCGGCUGGGAACUGGGAAAUACAGCUCCUGGGCGCCCAGACUGUUGAAGCAGGAAUUCCAGGGGCGGACCAGGCAAUCUGUGGUUUCACAAGCCCUGGGCCCCCGCGGAGCCCUCUCAAGCGUGAGAAGUGCUGCGUGGUGGGUGGGGGACAGGAAAUAGGUCCAACUUCUCAGAACAGCAGGGAGAGCUUGCCCUGGGGCCUGUAGAGAGUGACAGGGUGGCUGUCGGGGAAGAAGGGCAUGCCCAGGCAGGGGAGCCACACUGCGUUCCGCACCCGGUGUGCAAGGCCUCAGCCCUCCUCAUGUAUGUCAAUCAUCUUGGCAUCAUCAUUUGACUGAUGUUAGAUUGUUCAGACUACACG